UUUACGUGAACGAAACUUGUUGCUGAAAGUGUUUACGGCGUCUUCAAGAGAGAAUUUCAUCCCGAUUUGCUGGUGUUUGUGGCUGAUUCCCCCACCCUCUGAGACGCGCGGAGAGGUUCGACGACUUGGCGCCCAUCCAAUAUGGCGGAUCGAGCAAGCGGAGGAACUUUGCCUGCCUGCCCCACAUGUGGCAACCCCCCGGUACCAAAGAAAAAGAAGAAGAGAAGCCAGGGAAAUAAAGAUCGAAAGAACAAAUACAACCGGGAGAAGAGAGCGUUAAAGAGAAAAAUCGCGAGAGAGGCGAAGGAGCAACAGGUGGAUGGAUCUGUUCCGGAUGGAUGGCAGUCUCGUGUAGUGCGUAUAUCGGAAGAGCCGUCUGUAUCAUCUACUAGUUCCAAUAUUAGUCUUCCAUCGGCAGUGGUAACUAAUCCGGAUGAGUGGCAGUCCCGCAUAGUUCGCGUUAUUGAAAAACCUUCCGUACCGGCGCCCGAUUUGAAUGCCAACGUCUCUUUGGAUCCCAAACGCGUGCGGACUCGCUACCACCAAACUAUCCAACCGUGGGGAACUAAAGAGUGGAAGUCUGCGGAGGAAAUUGAGGCCUAGAAAGCCACUCAGACUACUACCGUAGGUGCUCCAGCAGAGGCGGCCCAAGUAACAGCAGAAGAAGAGGUGGAACUUGAUCUGGGGGGUCCGGAAUUUACUGAAUUGGACAUUCAACCACCACCACCACUUAUUCGACCAGACCCAUCGACUUUCUUGUACGAGCGGUAUAUCCAGAACGCCGAGGCAGAACAACGCCAUCGAGAGAAUAGGUU